AUGAAGCUCCACGCCAAAUCGGGCGGCAAGAGCCGCAGCUUUGCCAUCGUGUUCAUCAUUGGUACAGUCAUUUCUGCCCUCCACUUAUCUCAUUCGCCACUUCUGACCCGACCCUGCUUUAACUUAGGCGCUCCCGGUGCGGGGAAAGGAACGCUGUCGGCAUAUCUCGCGCAGAAAUACAACCUCGUGCACUACUCGGUUGGUGAUGGCCUGCGUGCUUGGAUGCGCCUGAAUCGCUCCACCGAACUCGCCGCCAAGAUUCAGAGCAAACUUGACAAUCAAGGCUUCCUGACCUCUGAGGAUCUCAACCCCUUCAUUUACCGCGAAAUUCUCGAUGCAAUCAAUCGCAAUGAACCAGAGGUGAAGGGCAUCUUGGUCGACGGAUAUCCACGAUGCAUUGACCAAUUGGACUCCUUUGGGACAUGGCCUUUCCAGGACACGGUGCCUCUCACUCCCGGCGACGAUGGCAAGAUCAGCCUCGUUAUCAAGCCGGAUCUCGUAUUCUCAUUUCAGAUCACAAAACAAAACGCCAGAGCCAGAUAUCUUAGACGUGGCAGAGAUACUAACGACAGUGUAGACAAGUUCGAGAAGCGCUUCACUGAGUAUGAGCUGGAGACUCUACCUGUCGAGCAAGAGUAUCGAAAACCUGGUAUCUCGAUAUCUAUUGAUGUUAAUGGAACGAAAGACGAGAACAUCGAGGCUCUGACUGAGUCACUUUCGCAAUGUGAGAUCUGGCAAAAGGCUAUUGGGGGAUAG